GUCCCCUUCCUUUACAGAUGCAGAUGAGGUUUGACGGGUGCCUGGGUUUCCCGGGCGGAUUUGUGGAUUCGGAGGAUGCCUCUCUGGAAGACGGUCUGAACCGUGAGCUCCGGGAAGAGCUGGGUCCAGGCGCUGCCUUCCUGCGUGUCUUGGAGUGCGACCACGUGAGCUCCCACGCCACCGAGAAGCCGCAGCGAGUGGUGGCGCACUUCUAUGCCAAGCGACUCAGCCUGGAAGAGCUGCGGACCAUAGAGGAUCGGGCCACGCAUGCGAAAGAUUACAGUUUGGAGGCGAUGGGCCUUGUCCGCGUCCCGCUCUAUACCCUGCGCGACGGUGUCGGGGGCCUCCCGACGUUCCUUAGCAACACUUUCAUCAGCUGCGCGCGAGAUCAGUUGGUUCAUGCCCUGGAAACCUUCGAGCUGGUGCCGAGAGAGCAGCUCCAGAAAGCGUUGACCGUGGCCCAGAAGAAGCUGUGAUCGCGGCUGGCCGGGACCGCCUCUUGGAGGCUGUUCGAUCCAACUCUCCAAAGAACGUGAGAUCCCUCGAUUGACCUUUUUUGAAUCUGAACACCGCUGGGGCGGCGGAAAAGAGAUUUAAACUUCUCGGUGGCGGGGAGCGUGACUCUGUGUGAGUUCACGUUCUUGAGGGCGGCAGUCCCUAUCAGGCCUGGGUUGGGAUGUCUUAAGAGAGGAAAGCCAAGUCGAAAAGAUGGCUUGGUGUUUCCAUGCACGAGCAUGGGCGCAUGUCUGACGUUCCCUUCUGUCCAGAGAGUCACCUUACGAAUCGCACAUUCCCCAGUGUGCAGCUUUAGUUCCCCCCACAAACACCUUAAUUUUCAAACCAGAUUGCUGUGGCGAUUUUUACGCUAUACUACAGAGGUUGAUUUCUUCCUCUCCUAACUGACCACGCCACAUCGCCAUUAUUCUUUUAUUUCACAGUUGGGGCUUGUCCUCCAACCAGUUACUGUUCCGCUGCUUGAUGUUUGUGGGUUUGUCUUUGUCUCCCUAGCCUCUUUCCGGCUUUAAUGGGCUGUCACGAACGCGGGAGGUAUUAGGCAAAGUGUCACUGAAAGACCGAGAAUGUGAGAUUCUUUAGUAGAUCAGGAAACCGCUCUGGCGUCCUGACUAGCAAAUCAAAUGUUUUUCCGAGCAAAUCAAACGUUUUUCCGAGCGCAAUAAACUAAGUAUGCAUCC